UAGCUCGUUGUGCGGGCGCUCUCCCUCUCGCGGCGCUCAUCACUCCACUCCUGCUGCUGGCUAGGCGCCUUCCGCCAAGAUGAGGAUUAUGAUCAAAGGCGGGGUGUGGAAGAACACGGAGGAUGAGAUCCUCAAAGCCGCGGUGAUGAAAUAUGGCAAGAAUCAGUGGGCUAGAAUCUCCUCUCUACUCGUCAGGAAGUCCGCCAAGCAGUGCAAGGCUCGCUGGUACGAGUGGCUGGAUCCAUCGAUCAAGAAGACGGAAUGGACCCGCGAGGAAGACGAGAAGCUCCUUCACCUCGCCAAGCUCAUGCCGACGCAAUGGAGAACGAUCGCUCCCAUCGUUGGGAGAACACCUGCCCAGUGUCUCGAAAGGUAUGAGAAGCUGCUCGAUGCGGCGUGCUACAAGGACGAGAGCUACGAGCCGGCUGAUGAUCCUCGCAAGCUCCGGCCGGGUGAGAUCGAUCCCAACCCAGAGUCCAAGCCGGCUAGGCCCGAUCCAGUCGACAUGGAUGAGGACGAAAAGGAGAUGCUUUCCGAGGCAAGGGCGAGGCUGGCAAACACUCGCGGUAAGAAGGCGAAGAGGAAAGCCAGGGAGAAGCAGCUGGAGGAGGCAAGGAGGCUGGCGGCGCUACAAAAGAGGAGAGAGCUCAAAGCGGCCGGCAUUGGGUCUCGUCUCCGCAAGAGGAAGUUCAAAGGCAUCGACUACAAUGAGGAGAUUCCUUUCGAGAAGAGACCACCUCCAGGCUUUUACGACGUCUCCAACGAAGAGAGGUCUGUAGCGCAGCCGCGUUUUCCGACCAACAUCGAAGAGCUGGAAGGGAGAAGGCGGUCGGACAUCGAGGCGCAGCUUCGCAAGCAGGACGCUGCUCGGAACAAGAUCGCUCAGAGGCAGGACGCUCCAUCGGCGAUCAUGCAAAUCAGCAAGCUCAACGAUCCGGAGGCUGUGAGGAAGAGGACCAAGUUGAUGCUACCGGCGCCGCAGAUUUCCGACAGGGAGCUCGAGGAGAUUGUCAAGAUGAGCUCCUCGGCGGACAAUCUACCUGGAGAGGAGGAAGGGAGCAGCGCCACUCGAGCACUCGUCGCCAACUAUAACCAGACUCCUCGAGCCGGGAUGACUCCAGCGAGGACACCUCAGAGGACUCCGGGUGGAAAAGGCGACGCCAUCAUGAUGGAGGCGGAGAAUCUUCUCAGGCUGAGGGAGACGCAAACUCCUCUCUUUGGUGGUGAGAACCCGGAGCUUCAUCCGUCCGACUUUUCGGGGGUGACGCCGAAGAAACGGGAGGUCCAGACUCCAAAUGUGAUUGCUACACCUCUCACGACGCCGGGAGGAGUAGGAUCGACUCCUCGAAUCGGAAGUACUCCCAGGGAGACGUCUUUUGCAAUGACACCCAAGGGAACACCGAUACGGGACGAGUUCCACAUCAACGAGGGAUUGGAACUCGCAGCUGACAAUCCCAAGGCCGAGAAGUUGAGGCAGGCAGAAGCGAGAAGGAACCUGCAGGCUUCGCUCAAGGGAUUGCCUAACGCGAAGAACUUGUACCAGAUUACCGUUCUCGGCGUUCCUACGGAGCAAGAAGAAGCCGACGAGGAGAUGGAGGCUGACAUGGCUGACGUGAUUGCAAAUGCUCAAGCCGAAGAGGACGCUCGAGAAGCUGCUGUUCUCCGCAAGAGGAGUAAAGUCUUGCAGCGAGGAUUGCCAAGGCCACCGCCAGCAACGGUGGAGCUGAUAAGGAACACUAUCCCUCGAUACGCGGAAGCAGAUGAUCCAAAGGCGCUUAUCCAGAAGGAGCUAGUCGCCUUGUUGGAGCACGACAACGCGAAAUACCCCAUGACGGACAAGUCUGGCAAGCCUCCGCCUGUGAUACCCGAGCUGGAGGACUUGGACGAACAAGAGUUGAAGGAGGCUGCGCGGGAAAUAGAAGAGGAAAUCACCCUUGUGAGGGCCUCUCUCGGUCACGAAGGCGCUGACUACACGGUUGUCCGGGAUGCUUUAGCCGAUGACAUGACUUACUUCCCCCAGAAGAACGGCUACGAGCGUGCGAGCCUCGCAAGCACAGCCGAGCGGCUGGCGGCGGCACAAUACGAGUUUGAGGCCGUGAAGAAGCACAUAGAUGGUCACACGAAGAAGGCUCUAAAGCUGGAGCAAAAGAUCUCUGUCCUAACCGGAGGCUACAAGACGAGGGGCGAUGGGCUGUGGCAGCAGAUCGAGGCGGCUUUCAAGGAGGCGGAGACGCUGGGCACGGAGCUGCAGUGCUAUCGAUCGCUGCACCAGCAAGAGCAGCUUAUCGCUCCCCGCCGGAUCGAGGCGUUCCAGGAGGAGGUGAAGAGGCAGAGCGACAAGGAGAGCGUCCUCCAGAUGAGAUACGAGCGACGCUUGUCUUGCAGGAACGAUCUGAGGCGACUGGUUACCGAGCACGAUGCUCGAGUUGAAUCUGAUCCAACAGUGUAAAUAUUUGUAAUGGUUUAUAGCGAUUGUACCAGCAUCUUUGAUUCCACUUUGAUUUAAUUCUCUUUGGUUCA